CGGGGAUGGGGAAGCGGCGGGGCGGGUGGGAGGCGGUGCGUGGCCUGAGCAAGAGGCAGAAGAAGCACCUGAGGGAGUUCGGGGAGGAGCACCCCUUCUACGACAAGGUGUCUGGGAGACCAGAAGCAACUCAGAUCUGUGACCUGUCUGAGAAUUCUGAUAAGUCGAGUGCAGAAAGUGAUUCAGAGACUGAAGUGGAACAGAUCUCUGUGUAUCACAAGCUCCUGGCUACCCUGAAGACCUCUCCUGAGUCUGAGUCUGAGACUGAGGAAGAGGAAGAUGAAAGUGAAUCUGAAGAAGCUGGAGUGAGUGAGACAGAACUGGACAGUGAUGGGUCCCAGGAGACUGGAGAAGCAGAUGGAGGUGAAGAGGAUGAGAAUGAUGCACCAGACCAGGAAGAAGAAGUCACAGCUGGAGACACAUCAGAACAAACACUUGGCCAGAAGCAGGCUGAUGACACAGAUACUGCUUGUGACCCAAGUCAUGGAGCAAUCGAGGAGUUCACUGAUGUGAAACACGAAUCUGAAUUUAGCUUGGAAACCAAUUUCAUGGAAGAGGAGAGUGGUGGUUGCAAUGCAGAUCAGAGAGACAGCAGUUCUGCACAAGCCAUAUCAGAAGAUCCAUUUAAACUGCACAUGGACAAAGAACUUGAAGAAAAAGAAGUAGAAAAAAUAUCUACGCUCCUUAAAACUUCAAGUCAAAGCAAGUGGCCGAGGCUGGGCCAACUAACUUUUUCUUCCACUUUGGAACAUAAAACUUUGAAAGCAGACAAAGAAGUUGAUAUGAAACAGCUUCAUCUUCACAAGCCUUUAGAAUCCACUUGGCCAAAAGUGAAUAAACAAUUUCUGUCCUCAAUGAACAAACCAAGCGAUGCCUCUUUUACCCCGUUACAAAGAGAGCUCUUCUGUAUCAUGAGUACAUACAGGGACUUGUUCUACCCAGAGAGCAAUGCUCUGACAAAUGGAGAAGAAAUCCGACAUGCUUACUGUUUGCAUGCCUUGAACCACGUUCUGAAGGCAAAUGCCCAGGUGCUCAGUAACAAUGCCAAACGAAGAGACCAAAAGCCAGGAGCUGCUAAUGAUGACUACAGGGAUCAAGGUCUAACUAGACCUAAGGUACUGAUGGUGGUGCCAUUCAGGGAGAGUGCUUUGCGAAUUGUCCAUAUUUUCAUCAGUCUUCUUGAAGUGAAUGACAGAAAAAAAAUAGAUGUAAGUAAUAAAAAGCGCUUCAAAGGGGAGUUUGGUUUUGACCCAGAAGAGAAGCCCCCCAACCUGAAAAGGCCUGAAGACUAUGAAGCUGUCUUUGCUGGCAACAUUGAUGACCACUUCAGAAUUGGGGUUGCAAUUCUUCAGAAGAGUAUGAGACUCUAUGCACCAUUUUACUCAUCGGAUAUCAUCAUUGCUUCUCCCCUGGGUCUGAGAACUAUUAUUGGUGCAGAGGGAGAGAAGAAAAGAGAUUUUGAUUUCCUAUCAUCAAUAGAAAUUCUCAUCAUUGAUCAAGCAGAUAUUUUCCUGAUGCAGAAUUGGGAACACGUUCUGCACCUCAUGAAGCACAUCAACCUGCUGCCUCUGGAUUCCCACGGGGUAGACUUCUCCCGAGUGCGAAUGCUGAAUCUCAAUAACUGGUCCAAGUUCUACCGCCAGACACUGCUGUUCAGUGCCCUUCAGGAUCCCCAGAUUAACUCCAUCUUCAACAAACACUGCUUCAAUUAUGUGGGGCAGGUGGCUGUUCGCAAUGUCCCGCUCAGUGGCUCCAUCAGCCAUGUUGUGGUCCAGCUUCCUCAUGUUUUUCGAAGGCUAGAAGCUGAAAAUUCAACUUCUGUAAUAGAUACAAGAUUCCAGUUUUUCAUCAACCAGGUUUUGCCUGAGUACCGUGAUGCCAUCAUGUCACACACACUCAUUUUUGUUCCGUCGUAUUUUGACUUCGUGCGCCUUCGAAAUUACUUCAAGAAAGAAGAUCUGAAUUUUACUCACAUUUGUGAAUACACUAAAAAGGCUGCUGUCUGCAGAGCAAGACAUUUCUUUCUCAAGGGAGAGAAGCAGUUUUUAUUGUUUACUGAGCGCUUCCACUUUUAUAAAAGGUAUACCAUAAAAGGCAUUAGGAACCUCAUUUUCUAUGAGUUACCAACCUACUCCCACUUCUACAGUGAGAUUUGUAAUAUGAUGAAGGCCACAGACAAUGGAGUAGAUGCUACAUGGACAUGUACUGUGCUGUACUCCAAGUAUGAUGCUCAGAAGCUGUCUGCAGUGGUUGGCAUAGAUCGCACAGCUCAAAUGCUACAGUCUAAGAAAACCGUGCACCUCUUUGUUACAGGAGAAAACGAAUAAGUGAUACUGCAGACUAGAUGACUGGCAGGACCUGGAUUUUACUCCUAAUGCACUUUCUGCUGUUGCUUUUUUAAAAAAAACAUUAAACUUUUUACUACCUUUUACUUAAA